UCAUAUCGGCUUAAGCAUUGGAAUUCUGGACACCCUCACUCUCAGAUCUACUCCAAUGAUGCGUCAAUCUGGACGCUGAAGCAUCUUCAAUUGACUCUCGGGCACCGCUGUCUAAAGCGCUUUCGCCUAUUGAACAUCUCAGGAACCGACCCGUUGGUCUCUUUCUUCGUCCUCAAAGAUCUUGCCAAAUCAAACAACAAUAAUAGCACUGCUUUAGCGAUCUUCCAGCUCGGACAAAAUCCCAAAGAGACGCAUAGGCACAAGAUGGAGGUCCGCAAACUCCUUGUUCGCCCGGCUCAGAGAGGUGGCGGUCUUGACCGGCAGCUCAUGAAUUUUGGCGAAAUGUUCGCCCGCAAUGGCCUCGGCAAGACAUUGACUUGA